UGCCUUUCCGAACGUGUUUUGGGAGUAAAAUUAAUUGUAGAAUUUUUGUCUCAUCUUCUCCUGUGUUUGUUCUUUGUGGCAAUAUUUUAGUCGUUUGCAGCGUUUUUCUUUGCGAAAAGAAUGAACGAAUGCUUUUGUCAGAGAUCUCCCUUGAGUUUACUAGCUGCAGCGCAGACGCAUGAUAAAUAAGCCGAAUUCUCUCGUCUAAAGCGUCACAUCUGGAGAAUGAGGACCAAGAACUUCGUGGUCUUCUUGGUCUGCAUCAUCUGCACCAGUGUUUAUUUGUGUUUGUUCGGCAGUCAGCGGCCGACCAUAGAGAAUAUCGUGUCCCAGACGCACAAGCAGCUGAACAACUUGAAAUCUUUCAAAGAAAAUUUAAUCGAUGGCGAGGAGAAGACGCUGGAGGUGGAUCUCAAGUACUUGAACCUGAUCGGCCUGAAAAGGCCUCCGCCUGUCAAGUACUACCCCGCAGAUGCGUGGACAAACUCCAGCCUGCCCGUGAUUGUCACAGCCGUGACGUAUGACGAGGAGUUUAACGCGAUUGGAUUCGUGCGGAACGCCCAGCACUUUGCGCCAAACCACACCGUCAUGGUGUACAAUUUGGGGCUUGGACAGGCUGAGCUUGAAAAUGUUUUGCGGCAUUGUAACCAUUCCCGGUGCGUGGUUGUCAUGUUCGACUUGAGCCAGUUUCCCUCGCACGUUGAUGACAACAAACUGCACGCCUACAGACCGCUUGUCAUUGCGGAUGCGGUCAUCAGGGCCGGUGUGAUUUUGUACAUGGACAGCGACCAGCGUCUGACGAACGGUCGGCUGGAGGUGCUGCAGGCGGCGGCCGAGCGGGGCGGCGGCGUGGUGAGCUGGCCGACGCGCUACGCCGCCUCCACCCUGACGCACCCCAAGAUGUUCGACUUCUUCCGCACGACGCCGGACAACUUCCUCUUCGUGCCGAUGGUGCUCUCUUCGCGGCUGCUCGUUCAAAACACCAAGCUGGUGCAGGAAAAGCUGCUUCUGCCGUGGGUGCAGUGCGCGCUGACCGCCGAGUGCCUCGCCCCCGUCGGCUCCCAGUCCUCCGGCUGCAGAUUCGACAAAAAGCCGCAGUACCGAUACUCGGGCUGCCACCGGUACGACAAUUCUGCGUUGAACCUGGCGCUGGCCCUGGCGUUCAACUUCGACGACUCCAAGUACCUGUUCCCUGGCAAGGAGUCGUUUUUCCGGCAGGCAAAGAGCGCUGAGGAGGGCAGCUCGGAGACGAGCGCCAACCUGACGGGGCUGGUGUCCAACCGAAACAUCACUCCUCCAGACCAAAACUCAUAGACUCACAUUGGCAGCGUUCGUUUCUCCCACCCUAUAUCUAUCUCUCUCUUGACGAAAUGCGCUUGUUAUUACGCGCGCGGUACUGAUUUUGCCCCUGAAUUUCAUUUAUUGUGAUUCUGUUAAAUAUUGGAGAGUGCGGAUAAGUGUUCACGUUCUGUUUUCCAUUACUCUCGGAAGACGGACUUUGUGUGUGAAUGAGUUGAGUGUGUUGAUGAGCGUUUUCUGCAAAUAAAAACGUGAUUUAUUUACAGUGAGAAA